GCCAAUAUCAUCUUUCAAGAAUCUUUCAGGACAAAAAUUCCAUAAUGUCCAACUACUCUGAUCUUCUGUAUCAUACCACGCUGACCGUCAUUGACUACCAUGAGGACCCCUCCGGGGCCAAGCACUCGGCCUAUGUCCUCGCAACACAUGCUAGCAUUGAGGCGGCCAAAACCUUUGCCCGAGACGCUCUACAUCUCCUCAAGUAUGAACCUGAUGACUUUGAGGAGUACUCUGUCUACUCAAGCUCUCACGAGUGGAAGCAUGGCGAUGGGGUAGUUGUCUAUGCUCGUGCACCCGCCGGGCAGGUCUUCCAAAUUGGAGUCCGUACAACGCCGAACAAUGAGUCUCUCCUGGCGAACCCCAACGGCACCGUCGUCCUUCCCAAGGGCGCAGACAUCUUACAUUACGUGGUGCAGACUACGGUCGACUACAACAAGGACCGAACUGGCUGCGCGCAAGAAGCCGACAUCCAAGGGUCUUAUGUCCUUCGUGCCGAUGCUCUUGCUGCCGCUAAAUCGUGCCUUGCGCAGGAAAACUUGGUUGAGUAUGAUUUGCGGGACGAGUUCAAAGACGAAUGGCCAUUUGGUGAGGAUGUCGUUGUCCAUGCUGUAUCGGAGACUGGCCAGAACUACACUGUGGCUGUGACGACGAUCCCAGGAGCACACAAGAGGCACAGCAAGAAGAACUAGCUAGUAUUAUUGUGACUAAAGACUGUUAAUGAUUUCAAUCAGGGCUGGGGAAUUGACGGAAUGAUAUCAGGGGAAACGGAGGUUUGAGAUUGCACAUAAUCGUGGAUCUGUCUUACGAUAGUCACUACUUUGGUAAAACACAGUGAGACUUCUUUUCUUUCAUCAUGUUAUAAUGCUAUAAUCGUAUUAUAAUUAAAGCAUCAAGGCAAA